AUGAAGCGGGUGAGAGUGAGACUUGAAUCUCUCUCUCUCUCUCUCUCUCUCUCUCUCUCUCUCUCUCUCUCUCUCUCUCUCUCUCUCUCUCUCUCUCUCUCUCUCUCUCUCUCUCUCUCUCUCUCAGCAACAGCAUUUUUACCAAUAGCAUUUUUACCUUGUUAUGCAUCUUUACUCAAGUCUCAUUCCUCCUCCUCCUCCUCCUCCUCCUCCUCCUCCUCCUCCUCCUCCUCCUCCUCCUCCUCCUCCUCCUCCUCCUCACCACACAAAAGUUCAUCAUCAUCAUCAUCAUCAUCAUCAUCAUCAUCAUCAUCUUCUUCUUCUUCGUCUUCGUCUUCGUCUUCUUCGUCUUCGUCUUCUUCGUCUUCGUCUUCUUCGUCUUCUUCUUCUUCUUCUUCUUCUUCUUCUUCUUCUUCUUCUUCUUCUUCUUCUUCUUCUUCUUCUUCUUCUUCUUCUUCUUCUUCUUCUUCUUCUUCUUCUUCUUCUUCUUCUUCUUCUUCUUCUUCUUCUUCUUCUUCUUCUUCUUCUUCUUCUUCUUCUUCUUCUUCUUCUUCUUCUUCUUCUUCUUCUUCUUCUUCUUCUUCUUCUUCUUCUUCUUCUUCUUCUUCUUCUUCUUCUUCUUCUUCUUCUUCUUCUUCUUCUUCUUCUUCUUCUUCUUCUUCUUCUUCUUCUUCUUCUUCUUCUUCUUCUUCUUCUUCUUCUUCUUCUUCUUCUUCUUCUUCUUCUUCUUCUUCUUCUUCUUCUUCUUCUUCUUCUUCUUCUUCAUCCCAUUCCUUUCAUUCAUUAUAUUUUCUUCGAUAA